GGUUUUUAUGUUUUUUAUAACGGCCAGACCCUGAGAUGGAGGCUGACCUUCGGGGCUGAAGCAUGGCCACGCUUUGUCUGACUCGCUAUUAUAAGACACUUGGUUUUAUCUUCACUGAAUAUCCAUACCGCACAGUUCACUGAUCGAUCAAGGGCCCCUCUUCUAAGCACUGGUGGUCAUACACGUACCUACCUGGCAGUAGUGCCAAGUCCGCCCCUUGCCAUUAAUUAAGAGAAACCCAGGCACUUGUCCUUCUCGAAGUUGGCCUUUGCCAGAUCCCCAUCCGUCCACCUCCCGUCGGCUUGGAUUAUUUUUUUCCAAUUGACGAGGAAUCGCCAGUUCUUUGGCGAACAAGCGAACAAGCUAACAAGUGGCCACCACCAAGACACGACCUGGAAUUCCGAUCCUGCGGCUGUGGUUUCAACAUCGUCCAUCGAGAUUCAUUUCGCCAAGCCAACACCUUUGGGUGCGCGCCGCCCGUUGGGAAUUUCUUCGAUGCAAGUUCGAGUCGACAGACGGUGACGAACAACGACCAACUCUAUGCGCCGAGUUUCCCCAUAUCACAUCUAAGCCCAUGGCGCGUCCACUGGGGCCGGUUCGCCUCAAGAAGGCGAGCCCAGUCACUCUCGCUAUCGGCGCCGUUUUCACCAUUCUUGUCUUAUACUUUUUAAUAGGCUCCUCGGCCCCUGAUUUCUCUGCUUCCAGAAAAGCCAGCGCAGCAUCUCACCCGCUAUCACCACCCACCUCUCCAUUCCGCAAGUCGACCGGAGGAGGGAAACCAAAGGCGCCGCCCGUCGCCCACUACAACCUCAACAAUGUCACCAUCACCAGCGACCCUCUGGGCAACCGGGAGAACAUCCUCCUCCUCACCCCCAUGGCCCGCUUCUACCAGCAGUACUGGGACAACCUCUUGAAGCUGUCCUACCCCCACGAGCUAAUCACCCUGGGCUUCAUCCUCCCCAAGACAAAGGAGGGCAACGCCGCCACAACCGAACUCCAGAAGCAAAUCGCCAAAACACAAAAGUCGGGCCCGGAAAAAGACCGGUUCAAAAGCAUCAUCAUCCUCCGACAAGACUUUGACCCCCCUCUCCAAUCCCAAGACGAAGCCGAACGGCACAAGAUCCAAAACCAAAAGAUCCGCCGCGCCGCCAUGGCCAAAGCCCGCAACUCGCUGCUUUUCACCACCCUCGGCCCGGCCACCUCGUGGGUCCUCUGGCUCGACGCCGACGUCAUCGAGACGCCCUCCGAUCUGAUCCAGGACCUCGCCGCCCACAACAAGCCCGUCAUCGCGCCCAACUGCUUCCAGCGGUUCUACAACACGGAGAAGAAGGCGAUGGACGAGAGGCCGUACGACUUCAACAACUGGCAGGACAGCCCGACGGCGGUGGAGCUGGCCAAGAAGAUGGGGCCGGACGACAUUUUGCUGGAGGGUUACGCCGACAUGGCCACGUACCGGGCGCUGAUGGCGUACAUGCACAAGACAGACGGGCUGAGGCAGGAGACGGUGCCGCUGGACGGGGUGGGGGGCGCGGCGUUAUUGGUCAAGGCGGACGUGCACCGGGACGGGGCCAUGUUUCCGCCCUUUUCGUUUUACCACCUGAUCGAGACGGAGGGGUUUGCGAAGAUGGCGAAGAGGUUGGGGUGGCAGCCUUUUGGGUUGCCUAAUUAUAAGGUCUACCAUUACAAUGAGUGAAACGUUGCAAGAUACAGCAAACAAGAAAGGUAGUAGCACUGCAGCUGCGGAUGGGACUGGGUUUAAAAGUCCCGAGAAAAGUACUUUGGGGAAAGGGGGAUGAGGUGUGUAGCUGUGAGGGGCUAUAAUGGGUAGUUGUGCAUGUGUGUGUGUGUGUGUGUGUGUGUGUGUGUGUGUAUAGAGGAAGAGAGAGACGAGAUAUUUGAAGCAGAAACCAUUCAUACGAUUUUUUUUCUUUUUUUGGUUUAGUCAUUUAUCAAAUGUAAAUGCGGGAGGUUAGGGAUGGGGGAGGGGGAGGCCGGUCUACAAAAACAUAGAGAGGACAUUGAAGCCGGGACGGGAACCUGGGUUUGGUGUUCAAGCUUUCAAUUGCGAAACGAAUACAUGGAGACUUGGGGCGAGCAAGGGGGGACGGGUUGUCUUUUUUGAGUCGUUAGAAAGUUGUACAGAUACCACAUGAUAUGAUUCAAGUUUAUGAUUGGGGUAUUAUGGGGCUACGAGAGAAAACGGGAUGAGAGAUGAUGUGAAGGCCCCCCUUGUAUUAUUUUCCAGAGUUUGAGAGUUCCA